AGACAGUAAAUCUAUUCUGACUGAAACAUAUCAAUUGGAAAAUUUUAUUGUGGAAAUGGAAGAAACUGGCGAUAUUCCGCCCUUUCAAAAUUCAUCUAUGCAUGAUGUCGAAUUUUUCUCGAUUUAUUUCGAAGCUGGUAGGAAAUUAUUAGAUUUUACAGAAAGACCCAACGCUGAAUACCUCAACCGGUAUUAUGAAAUAUUCAAAGAGAGUUUUAACAUAUAUUUUGGAACCUAUGUAAAUUCUGAUCAUCCUUAUUUCGACGGGGAAACUGUGAAAUUACUAAAGGAAUCAUUGUAUUACAAAAUUGUUUAUGUUCUCAGAAACAGUCCGAUUUUAUCAAGUGCAGUUGCAUUUCAUUUUCAAAAUGCUUUAAAAGAGAAUUUCAGUUAUCUGCGAAAACUAAUGAAGAAGGAAAAAAUAAAAAUAUGUUCAGUUGGAGGAGGAGCUGCGUCGGAUGUUGUGGCUGUAGUCAAAAUCUUAGAUUCACUUGCAGUUAAGAUGGAUAAGAAAUUAGAUUUUCGAGUUACUAUCAUAGAUUCCGAUGUAAACUGGAAGAGCACAUGUUUUACUGUUCUGAAGUGUCUUGAAAAUUUCCACACGGCGACAUGGAAAAUAAGUUUUGUUCAAGCAGAUAUUUCAAAUAAAAAUUCUUACUCCCCAGAUGCUAUUAAAGCUAUUCAAGAAGCGGAUAUUCUGCUAAUAGUUAUGCUUCUCUAUGAAUUUAGGAAUGCAAAUCUGGAUGCCUUGCAAACGCUAAAAGAUCUAAGUGAAAUUGUUCAGCAGGAAUCGAUGCUUUUCGUUCUGGACAUAGCUUUGAUUGAUUACAUUAGAAUAUGUUUUGGAAUCUCUGCUCAAAUCGAAGGUUAUCAAUUAAUUUACGAAAACUUAUGUGACUUUCACGUUCUGGAAGAUAAAGCAAGGGAAUUUUUUUUCGUGAAUUAUUACAUGAAAUAUUUCAAAGAUUUGAGAAAUAUUUAUUGCAUGAGUUUAUGCGUUAGAGCAUGGGUUAAGACACAAACAAAAACAAACUCAUAUUCCAGAAAUGAGCUACAACAUCGAUUCAACAGAUGUAUCGAAAACUACAAUCCAAUAAACAGUUUUCUGAAGAAAGAUGCUUUUGAAGCUUGGAAAAGUGCUUCCGUGGACAGAAAAAGUAAAGCUGACUGGAGUGAGAGAAGUAUCAACGAAUUUUUAAACGGAAAAGAAUUGGAUCGAAUCUGUUUACUGACACAAGCAACUCAAGUUAAGGAAUUGUUGGAGUCAGCCAAAAAAGAACUCAUUAGUAAAAGCAGACAAUUAAAAGAUGAAGAAAUCAAAAUUGAUGCAGAUGCAUGGGAAAUAUACAUUUCACAAAUGAAGCAAUAUGUUUUAGUCAAAAAAAUUGCAUAUGAAUAUUUUCUGUUUGGUAAAUUUAAUCGUUAUUUUUUAUCCCAAUAAAGAUAAAUGAAUCAGAAAUUUUACUCGCAUUUGAUAGAGAUUUAUUAUUAAUUAAAUAACAGAUGAAUGAAUCUUUAAGAUAAUAAUUUCAUAAUAGGAAUUAUAAUAAUAAUAAUAACAGGAAUUAUGAUUCAGAACUUAAAUUCUUCCACACUUAAGAUAAUGGAAGGAAAUUUUUUUUAUCUUUCUUCACUUACGAAAUAUCUUAUCGUUUGUCUUAAUUUCUUAAGCAUAAUUACAAUCAUACAUUCGGUGCCGAAAUGUUAUUAGGGUGUGGCUCUAUCAAUAGUCACUAGAGAGAUUCGCCCUAUAUGGAAGAUCUCUCAGAGCAAUUCUAUUUAUUAUAGACGAUUAGUGGUUAUCAUCAUUAAUUAAAAAUAAACAGGGCUAAAAAUCAUAUCCACCAGACAGCUGCUACUACUACAUUUUUCUUUUGUCUUAAUUUCUUAAGCAUAAUUACAAUCACACAUUCGGGGGUGAAGUGUGAUUUGGGAGUGGGUCAAUCAAUAGUUAUCAGAGAAAUUCGCUCUAAUACGAUGGGUAUGAAAGAUCUCUUGGAGCAAUUCUAUUUUUAUUUCACACGAACAAUCGUUUUCAUCAUUAAAUCAAAACCAACGAGACCAAAAAUCAGAUCCACCAGACAGCUGUUAUAGCUAAAUCUACAGCUGCUACAGCUACAUCUAUACUUUGUCUUAAUUUCUCAAGCAUGACUACGAUCACAAGUCUGGUGACGACAUGCGAAUAAGGAGUGGCUUUAUCAAUAGUUAUCAGAGAAAUUCGCACUAAUACGAUGGGUAUGAAAGAUCUCUUGGAGCAAUUCUAUUUUUAUUUCAGACGAACAAUGUUUUCAUCAUUAAAUCAAAACCAACGAGACCAAAAAUCAGAUCCACCAGACAGCUGUUAUAGCUAAAUCUACAGCUGCUACAGCUACAUCUAUACUCUGUCUUAAUUUCUCAAGCAUGACUACGAUCACACAUUCGGUGAUGACAUGUGAUUAAGAAGUGGCUGUAUCAAUAGUUAUUAGAGAAAUUCUCACUAAUACGAUGGGUGUGAACGAUCUUUUGGUUCAACUUCUUUUUUAUUUUAGACGAACAGUGAUUCCCAUUAUGAAAUUGAAAAAAGCAAGUCCAAGAAUCAGAUUCACUAGGUAGCUACUUCAUAUAAAAAUUCUACAUUAUUAUAACUAUGAUUUGCAGUAUGGAAUUGUUGUGCGUGAUGCUGCCAUUAAAAUAUCAAAAUUAGAACUCUGACGACUCAAUAUUGAUGAUUUCUGCGAUGUCUGUCUAUGAUAUUUUUUCAUGUCAUUCUUCUUGCACUUUAUGAA